CGCCAAGCUCUGUCUUUUCCAGAGUCUCCACCACCUCCUUAUUCCCGGCUGUCUCCCAGCGAUGAGCAAAAGCCACUGGAUCUCUCCGAUUCCACGUUGUCUUACACUGAAACAGAGGCCACCAACUCGCCCAACGUCACCCCCGGAGACUUCUCAGAUGCCAGCACAUCACCAGAUGCCGUUAAAAGGAGCCACUGGUGCAACGUGGCCUACUGGGAGCACCGGACUCGCGUUGGCCGCCUCUACACAGUGUAUGAACAGUCUGUCAGUAUAUUUUAUGACCUACCUCAAGGAAACGGCUUCUGCCUCGGACAGCUAAACCUGGAAAACAGGAGCGAGACUGUGAGAAGGACUCGAAGUAAAAUCGGCUACGGGAUUUUACUGAGCAAAGAGCCGGAUGGCGUGUGGGCCUACAACCGCAGCGAGCACCCCAUCUUCGUCAACUCCCCGACACUGGACAUCCCCAACUGUAGGACUUUGAUCGUGCGCAAGGUGAUGCCUGGCUACUCCAUCAAAGUGUUCGACUACGAGAAGUCCUGCCUCCUGCAGCACACCACGGACCUGGACUACGCGGACGGGCCCUACGACCCCAACAGUGUGCGCAUCAGCUUCGCCAAGGGCUGGGGGCCGUGCUACUCGAGACAGUUCAUCACGUCCUGUCCUUGUUGGCUGGAGAUUUUACUCAGUAACAAUCGAUAACGGGCUGCCUCCGGCGAAAGGAAAA